UAAGGAGGAGAUGGGGCUCGUUCGGGGCCAUCCUCACCGAAAACAGAGCUCCGUUCUCGGUCACAGCGUUCCAGUCCGGCCCGGCGGAGGAGGCGGAGGAAGAGGAGGUAGAAGAGGAAGAAAAGGCGUUGGAGGGGGAGGUGGAGGAGGCGGUGGUUGGGAGGCUCUGAUGCUCCUUCUGAUGCGCUCUGGAAAUUGAGAAGUAGAAGAAGAAGAGGAGGUGUUGGAGGAAGGAGGAGAUCCGAAGAUACACAACGCACAUCGGGGAAGGAGAUCUGGAUCCGCUGCCGCUCCUGCCGCUGCCGCUGAAGGGCGCGGAAACAUGAAGACACCGCGCCGUGCUGCCGCGGCGGGAGCUCGUUAUUACCGGAGGUGAAACGGAGAAACAUGAGCGAGGACACGCGCCCAGACGAUGACAGCUACAUUGUGCGUGUCAAAGCGGUGGUGAUGACCAGAGACGACUCGAGCGGCGGCUGGUUGGCUCAGGACGGCUGUCUGAGCAGAGUGGGCGUGUGCAGACUGCUGCCGGCUGAGCUGCUGGGACGAAACAGCUUCCUGAUCCAUGGAGAACGCCUCAAAGACAGGCAGGUGAUUCUGGAAUGUUUCUUGAAGAAGGAUCUGGUCUACACGAAGGCCACGCCCACAUUCCACCACUGGAAGGUGGACAAUAAAAAGUGUGGACUGACCUUUCAGAGUCCGGCUGACGCCAGAGCCUUCGACCGUGGGGUGAGGAAGGCACUGGAGGACCUGACAGAAGGGUCGACCACAUCAUCAUCCACGCUGCAGAACGAGGCGGAGCUUGGCGAUGAUGACGUCUUCACGACGGCCACCGACAGCUCGUCCAACUCAUCCCAGAAGAGAGAGCCCGCCAUGCACUCGCUGGCUCCGCCCCACUUCUGCGAGGCCAGGCGGCACCACUGCAUCCUGGGGCAUUUCUACGAGCAUCACCACAGGCCGUCUGAUCACUACUUCCUGGACCAGGCCGUGCACAUGUUCCCUCGCCACGUCAGCUUCCAGCUGGAGGAGGAGGAGAUCGUUCGCAUCAACCCUCGAGAGCGGACCUGGCUCACCGGCUAUGAGGAUUACCGCCACGCCAACUCUACGCGAGAUAAACUCACGCAGCCUGACAACCUGGAUGCUUACGUGCACUUUGCCAAGAGCGAGCUGCCCAAACACGACUACACGUACCCGUACCCGCUCAGCUGCGACGUGCAGCGGGUCUGUGACGGUAAAGCAGGCUGCCUGGAGCUGGGCGGCGGCCACAGGGCCGUGGUGACGGUGCAGCCACGAGCCCUGCAGCCCAAAGGGAAGAGGAGAAAGGAGGACGGCGAGCGUCUGCGCUGUGUUUACUGUCAGGAUAUGUUCAACCAUGAGGAUAAUGGGCGGGGCCGCUGCCAGGAGGCCCCCGACCCCAUUCAGACCUGCAUCAGACGGGUCAGCUUCAUGUGGUGCGCCGACAGCCUGCUGUACCACUGCAUGUCGGACCCGGAGGGGGAUUACUCAGACCCGUGCUCCUGUGACACCAGCGACGAGCGCUUCUGCCUCCGCUGGACGGCGUUGGUGGGUCUGUCUCUGCUGGCGCCCUGCAUGUGCUGCUACGCCCCCCUCAGGGCGUGCUACCGCUGCGGCGUCGCCUGCCACUGCUGCGGCGGGAAACACAAAGCUGUGGGAUGAGCCAUCGCAAAACCCGCCCCCUUCACAGAGACACUGCAGACUUGUAGGAGGAGGUGGGAUGACGUAGCCGCUGUGAUUUACCCGGUGUUUUUUUUUGUUGUUGUUGUUGUUCGUCUCGUCUCCGAGUUUUUAAAGGAGCAAAGAAGAAGAAGAAGGUUGUCUCAACUGAUGGGAAAAGGUUAGAUUUUUUGUUGUUGGUGGCAUCGAGAACCAAACGGAUUUAAAUUCUCUCAGACUGAACAAAGAAUAUUCAUUUCUAUAUAGAGAUCUAUAUAAAUGAAUAUAAAUAUGAAUAUAUAUAUAUGAACAGGUACUUUAUAUUUUUACACUCAUAUUUGAAAAGCUUGAAUGUGUCUUUUUUUCAGCAUCUUGUCAGUAUGAAUGUUUUCAUGUUUGUUCAGGGAGCUGCAGUUCGCCAACUCACUGCAAAAGAAUUCAGCCUUAACAGGAAAUAAUAAUCAUCUUUAUUAGUAAUGAGCUGUUUGGGCAAAAAGUUCAGACUAAAACAUGGAUACUACGUAGUUUUUCAGGGCUGAUAUCAAUACCGGUUAUUAGUAGUGCAUGUUUGGAAUGUUUAAAAAAAUAAGCAAAAUCAUUUAGAGCUACCUCUGUGGCAGGAAACAGGAAGUGAUGCAGCACACUCCCUGUGUCAGUGCCACCCAGGCCUCAGUGCUGAUUGGCUGGAAGUUGUGUGACAUCUAGCCAGUCAGAUGGUGAUUUUGGCAGAUUAUUGGUCAAUAAAAUGCCGAUAAUGAUAAUCAGCUAAACGCCAAAUAUCUGCAUCAAUAAUCGCCCCGGCCGAUAAUCAGCGGCCCCUGCACGGAUGCAGGUAGCCUAGUUUGGAGUGAAGAAUGGAGGCAGAAUGAAACUAGUCGGUUUUGUUUUGUUUUGUUUUUUUUUAUUUUACUCCUAACCUUCAACUGAAUCCCUGUCCUGAAGGCGAGAAAGCCUUUCUACUGCUGAACACUAUGGCAGUGGUUUUCAACCGGUCUAGCCUCAGAUCCCACCUGUGUCUUAAGCACUGGUUCCCAACCUAGGGUCCGAGCACCCCUGGGGGGGUGCCAAAGAUCCCAGGGGGGCCCAGGACCCUGUUUGCUCUGACGUUGUCAAAAUUAGAUGUGCAUGUAGCUUUUUAAAAUCAUGAUUAGAAAGAUAAUGUACAACAGCGAGUUAAAUCCACCUUCAAAGAUAAAUAAUAAUAAUAAUAAUAAAAUAAUAAAAUGAUGAAACAUAAAGAGAAUCUGUUCAUUUUUUAGCAAUAAAGUCAAAAGUUUGAGGUAAAAAAAUAAAUUUAGAUUAUAAAGAUGCAUAUUUAAAGGAAAACAUUAUCCAAAUUUCACAGAUAAAAAUUUAAAAAUUAAAGAAAAAAAUCUAAUUUUUUUAGUUUAAAAAUUCUCAACUUUUGACUUAAAGAGGUAAAUUUACAACAGUGUGAAAUAGAAAAAUUACAGGAAACCAAACUGAAAAC